AUGGCUAAAUCUCGACUGAUCAGCUACAAUACCUUGGUUGCUGUCCUCUUCUGCUUUCUCCUCAUUGCUUCAAUCGAGUUACAGAUGGCGGAGGCCGUAGGAAAAAUUUGCUCGAAGCGCAGCCAGACAUGGACUGGGAUAUGCAUCAAAACUGAGAAUUGCGACAGCCAAUGCAAGAGUUGGGAGGGAGCUCAGCAUGGAGCUUGUCACAGAAGUGGCUUUGGAUUUGCAUGCUUCUGUUAUUUUAAAUGCUGA